AUAAUAAUCUCUCUAAAUAAAAAUCUGUCGAUGUCUCUCUCUUCAAUGGCUCUCUCUGCUUCACUUUUUAGCCAUACACUCGCCAUCUCCACCCUCACGCGCCGCCCAUUACCGACAGCUUUCCACCACCACCACCGUCGUCAUCAACGAUUCUCCCCUACUUUUGCUACUUUAAGCCCCUCUUCCCCUCAACCCGCAACUCCUCCGACGACCGGUGAAAGUGUUUUGUCAUGUAAAACUCAUCAGCCCCCAAAUCACUUAGUCGAAUCGUCUAGACCCCAUGAUCCAGGCAGCUUAAACUAUGCUCUAGCCAAUCCUAACAGUAACUCCUUCCUCGGUCUUGCUCGGUCCACUGAAUCCAACAUUGAAAAGACAAUAUUUGACUUCCGUUUCUUGGCACUUUUCGCCAUUGGAGGUUCGUUGGCCGGUUCAUUGUUAUGCUUUCUAAAUGGUUGUGUAUUCAUUGCUGAAGCUUACAAGGUCUAUUGGACAAGCUGUGUUAAAGGGAUUCACACUGGGAACAUGGUCCUUCGAUUGGUUGAAGCAAUUGAUGUUUACCUUGCCGGUACAGUGAUGUUAAUAUUUGGCAUGGGGUUGUAUGGAUUAUUCAUCAGUAACUUGAACCCGGAAUUGCCUACCGAUGUCGAUCGUGCCCUUAAAGGCUCAUCCUUGUUCGGAAUGUUUGCUAUGAAGGAGAGGCCAAAAUGGAUGAAAAUAAGUUCCCUGGAUGAACUGAAGACAAAAGUGGGGCAUGUAAUAGUGAUGAUUCUUUUAGUGAAGAUGUUUGAAAGGAGCAAGAUGGUGGCAAUAAACACAGGCACGGAUCUGCUUAGUUAUUCUAUCUGUAUCUUCCUCUCUUCUGCUUCUCUGUACAUCCUUCAUCAUCUUCACAAACCUGAAUAGUUUUUCUUCGAAAAGUAGUAGAUUGUUGAUGUUAUAUUUCAAACACAUGAUUAACUCU